AUCACUCCUCAUACACCAACCUGGACAAAAAAUUAUAAAGGACAUUAUAGAAAAGAGCAGAAAACAAGGCGAGCAAUGCUAUCUUCUGACAAUGCCUCAUCACCACCUUUGAGAGUGAAGCAGGAUGAAUUUAAUCUUCUACAGAUUCUUGGCAUACUUUUCUUUGGGAUCGCAAAUCUUCCUUCUGCAUACCCUGUUCGUCCAGCCCGCUCACUCUCACCCGCAGCCCUGUCACAUCCUAGCCCGGAUAGGACACACGGUGCGCCUGGGUGCCCUCCUGCCUCCCCGCCAGCCGGUCCGGGUGCGGGCGGCUCUCGGCCGCGCCCUCAACGCUCUCAACGAAAGCGGGAACAACUUUCUGCCCUACAACUUGAGCCUGGACGUGGUGGCUCGGGAAGCCCCGAGCGGAGACCCCGAGUCGCUCUUCAGGUGUGUGUGUCAGGAUAUAGUGGUCCAGGGGGUCUCGGCUGUACUCGCCUUCCCGCAGACUCAGGAGGAAAUAGUACAAAUGGAGUUUAUGUCUUCUUUUUUGGAAAUCCCUUUUAUAAGCAUCAUAGAGCACGGAGAACCGCUCAAAACUAAGAAUCGAUUUCACUUGCAGAUGACGACUCGUAUCCCGGCAUCUGGAUUAGCAGAGUUGCUUCUGGGUGUUCUACAGCAGAGCGGCUGGGAGGAAAGCAUGGCAGUGCUUUGCCAAGGCUGGGAGGACGCUGGUCUUCUAGAUCUCCUGAAACUUCAGGGCCAUGCUGGCUGGGGACCUUCACACUGGCACCUGCGGGCUGCCCUAAAUCUCUCCCACAGCACACCUCACGCCACCAUUAUAUCAGAAUUUCUCUCUGAGCACUUUAAUCAGGACCAUCCACCACCCGCCUCGGUCCUACUUUUUGGGGCCGACCCCGAGUGUGCCUCGUCCGUUCUGCGCAGCGCGCAUGACUUGGGAUUGACGUUGCCCGCUGUGCAUUGGAUUAUGGGAUAUCCCUUAAGUCCGGAUGUUCUUCAUUCUAUCGGUCUGCCUUUGGGACUGCUGGCCUACGGUGAGGUUGGCCGCAAACCGCUGCACUUGUACAUUCAGGAUGCUCUGCAGCUUAUCAACCGAGCCGUUACUGCAGCAACGGUUGUACGGCCUGAUCUGGCCCUCAUUCAAAAUAUGGUAAACUGUUUUGAUAAACCCAACAAACAUGAGCUGCCCUCAUCAGGACAGUAUAUUGCAAGGUUCCUCUCAAACACAUCCUUUGUAGGACUGACAGGCCCUGUCAGCGUUCAACGCAACAUCUCACGUGUACUCACCUCCCAAACAGUUCACAUAUGGAGCUUGCGGCGUGAUGCCGUCGGUCAACCCACGUGGGUGACGGUGGGCAGCUGGGAAGGUGGUAGGUUGGAUGUAGAGGAGCAGGGAUUAUGGCAGGGUUCAUCCCCUCGUCAUCGCACUGAGGGUCAAAUGGGCAGGGAAGGCCGGAGAUGGCGGGCGGGCUUUCCUGUGUCAGGGAGCCGUCUACGGGUGGUCACGCUGGUGGAGCAUCCGUUCGUUUUCACACGAGAGGUAGAUGAUGAUGGGAACUGUCCCGCUGGGCAGUUCUGUCUGGACGCAGGCACCAACAGCUCGGAAACCCUGGACCAUUUCUAUACCGAGCGGGCGCAAGGUAACAGUAGCUUCUUGCCACCGGAUUACAACAAGUGUUGUUACGGAUACUGUAUCGAUUUGCUGGAGAAGCUUGCUGAGGACAUGAACUUCGAGUUUGACCUGUACAUAGUGGGGGACGGGAAAUAUGGAGCAGUGAAGGGUGGCCAGUGGACAGGAUUAGUGGGCGACCUGCUGAGCGGGGUGGCCGACAUGGCUGUCACCAGCUUCAGCAUCAACUCGGCUCGCAGCAAAGUUAUAGACUUCACCAGUCCGUUCUUUUCGACGAGUUUGGGAAUACUGGUGCGCAGUAAAGACACGGCUGCUCCCAUUGGAGCCUUCAUGUGGCCUCUGCAUUGGUCGAUGUGGAUGGGCAUCUUUGUAGCACUACAUAUAACAGCUCUUUUCCUUACCCUCUAUGAAUGGAAGAGUCCUUUCGGUAUGACGCCUCAUGGACGUAACCGUGUUAAGGUCUUCUCUUAUUCUUCAGCACUCAACCUCUGCUAUGCCAUCCUUUUCGGACGCACCGUCUCCAGUAAGACACCCAAGUGCUGGACUGGACGUUUUUUGAUGAACCUGUGGGCCAUAUUUUGUUUGCUGGUUUUGUCUAGUUACACAGCAAACCUGGCUGCAGUCAUGGUCGGGGAAAAGACCUUUGAAGAGCUCUCUGGAAUUCACGAUGCAAAGCUCCAUCACCCAUCUCAGGGAUUCAGAUUCGGCACUGUUCGGGAAAGCAGCGCCGAGGAUUACAUGAAAAAAAGUUUUCCUGAGAUGCACGAGUACAUGAGGAAAUUCAACAAGCCCACCACGCCUGAUGGUGUUUCUACUCUCAAGACAGAUCCUCCUCAGCUUGAUGCUUUUAUCAUGGACAAAGCCCUGCUGGACUACGAGGUGUCGAUUGAUGCCGACUGCAAGCUGUUAACUGUCGGAAAACCCUUCGCUAUUGAAGGUUACGGGAUCGGACUGCCCCAGAACUCACCACUCACAUCCAAUAUAUCAGAGUUCGUCAGCCGAUACAAGUCUGACGGCUACAUGGACAUGUUACAUGACAAGUGGUACAAGGUGGUGCCGUGCGGGAAGAGAGUGUUUGCUGUUACAGAGACGCUACAGAUGGGCAUUCGUCAUUUCUCAGGGCUGUUUGUUUUGUUGUGUGUCGGUGUGACCGGAGCCUUACUCACCCUGGCUGGUGAACACGCCUUCUAUCGCCUGGUUCUGCCACAUAUCCGCCGUCGACAGAAGUUUAAAUACUGGCUUCACACCAGUCAGAAAAUCCACAGGGCACUAAACAUGACUUACGAGGAUGUGAAGCGCCAACGUGCAACCGCAGAAAAAAGUUGUAACAUCCAGAAAGCUCAGCCCAACCCUCCACCUCCUCCUGCUCCCCUUGGAUCCUUUGCCAGAUGGAACAACGAGAGCACCAAGGCGGCAGAGGAGCCCAAAGACAACAAGAGGGUCCAUUUCAACCUGGAGACCCUCAACACGCGCUGUCUCCUCCCCCGGGUCAUGGGGGAGGGGGGUCAGGGCAGCUCCGCCUCAUUCAGAUCGGGGCCAGGAAGUUUACUGGCGAGGGUCUGUGAAAACGGAGGACCCGUGGCUCGGCCCACUCCUUCGGCCAGCUCCUCGAAUCCCGCCGAAGAGGGGGAGCUGGAGGAGCUCCAGACGAAGAUCGAGGAGAUCCGCGAGAAUUUAAAAGCCGCUUUGGCUCGGAGGGCGGAGCUUCAGACUACACUGGCUAAAGAACGAGCGGCUGCCGCUGUUGUCACGGGGACCACAGCUCCGCCCACAGUUACAGCCACUAUUUGCCCCGCCCUCACCAAAGAGCCAGCGGAUCUGAAAAGGUGAUGCUCACAACAUCGGGGCGACUGAAUGAUUCAAUUAAAGGACACGAUUUUCUGUGUGUCCUCUUCACAAGACUUUCAUACUUGGAAUCUUUUAAACGCUAAGGCACCAUUGAUCCUUGGUGCAGUUUUGCUAAUAAUAAUGCUAAAAACGUGGAUUAUUUUAUACAGCAUCACUUUCCACCUAUACUGAUGAACCACCUGGUUGAGGAUUCUUUCAGAUCAUUGAGAUGUUAUUUGUGGAUAAAGACUGACAGAUUCCACAAUAAUAAGGCUGAAAGCACCAGCAAGUCUGCCAGAUAUGAGAGCUUAUUUCAUUUAUCCACAUAACUCCUUCUCAGCCCAGCUGUUUGAAUUUUAUUUCCAUAUCCUGAACUGACAGCCUGAUGGACCUCACACAUGGAGUUUGCUGCUUUGGCAAUGGUUUUCUAGCUUGUUUGUGGUGUCUGAUUGCUAUCGUUCAUUGAUUUUUCUCCAUAAGGUCUGACGUACUGUAUGAAUGGCCAGGCUGCUUGUUUGAAUUAAGUUCAGUGUUAAAGAAAUAAACUUGAUCUUGUCAUACAA